AACAUUGUGUGUGGCUCUAUGGUUGAGGAAAGGAAGGAAACUAUUUGAAUUGAAUAGAUAAUUUGAUAUUAAUCAAGUCUACAAUCCUACAAACGUACUAACUUAACUAAGAAGUUGGUGUGAUGCAGAUGGAUUUCAAAGUGGUGCAAUCAUGAAAAAGUCCCAAAUCCCAGGAUUGUGAUUUAACAGCAGCAGUUGAUGGUAGUGGAGUGUUACAAGGGGCUUUUUGAAGAAGAAUCUUCUCCGAUCUGUAUUUGCUAAAUUGGCUGUAACGAAUCCUCAGACAUUGGCUAAACAAAUUGAAUAUGGAAAUGCCAUAUCGGGGUGAUGAACUCCAAACCCAUCAUUGGUAUGUUUUUCCGUGAUUAGUAAAUGAUAUGCAAAUAUGAGUAAGAACAUAAACUGGGGUAAAGACAUUCACCCCAACUCUUCUUAUAAUUCAACCAAACAUAUAGCGGAGAUUGGCUUAAACAGUGGCAAAAAUUUAUAUAUCUGCCUGAUAUGCAACAAAUCUUUAGAUGGAGAUGAAUCUAUAUUUUCUUCAAACCAUGAUCUUUGUUCAAGCCAUAAAGAACAUCUCAAAACCUUGUUUUACAAGUGUAUACCUAGUAAUGUUGAUGUUAACAGAAAUGAAAAAUUUGCAAAGCUUAUCACAAACUCCAUGUUUGAUAUAUCUAUUUGUCUUUCUGAUCAAACUAGCAGUCUCUUACACCGCUAUGAGAACCACAUUGUUUGUAUGUUUUGUCAAGAUAUUGUCUGCUAUUGCCAAGAUGAUACUGUGAAAGAUGAUAUCAUCAACCACCUCCAGAGUGACAGUCAUAUAAACAAUGUCAAAAACAAUGCAACAUGGGUUUAUCAGCUAGAGACCAGUUCAGGAUUUUUAAUGCUUCAUAAGACUGUGACAUUUUGCUCAAUUUGUGAUAAACUGUUAUACGCUCAGGAAAAUGAUACCUUGCAUAGUGCUGUAGACCAUCUGUUAACUGAACAUCAAACUGAGCUGAACAAAAGCGAAUCAGAUCCUUGCAGUAUUAUUGAUGAUUCUGAUGAGUUUGAAUCGUCACGACAGAAUGAUUCAGAAAGUAGUUCUAGUGUUUGUCCUAUUUAUGAUUCAUGGGAAGAAAUACUACUUAAUGAGGAAACAUCUCAGGAAUCAUAUUCAAUACACAAAAAAUCUAAUAAUGUUACCAAAAAAGAACACAGUUUUCAAAAUGAACUUGAAGAUCAGGACACAAGGAUGGAACUUGCGAAGACUGGUUCCGAGUGUGCUUCUAACUUGGAGAAGAUACCACACCGUGUGGUACAGUGUGCCAGAGAACAUCUUGUAACGCUUGACAAUGAUGAAUUUGAAUUGGUUUGUCCUGAAUGUAAAGAGACUGUGGAAAUGUAUAAUGAUGACCCUGAAUUGUCAAUGGACUUGCAUUCUGAGAAACACAAAGAUAUUUCGGAAAUCAACAAUCUCUUCAACACAAAUUUAGCUUUUUAUAACAAUUCUGAGUAUCCCUGUCCAUCAUGUCAAGAAAACGUACAUAUAUUCAAUAAGAACAUUCAGCUUUCAUUAAGUCUUCAUGUGUGUAAUGGUGAUAAACAUUUGUCCAAUCGUUGUGAAAAUUUUAUAAAUUACAAUGCAUCAACUGUAUUUGAUCACUUGCCAGAUUUUCUCCGAGUUCACCGUGGUUUCUUUCAACUAGACAGAACAAAUUUUCGUUGUACAUUGUGUAACUGCACAUUUGACUUACCUAGUAGUUUGGAUAAAGCUCGUGAAGAUGUGUUGAUGCACUUAACAGACCAGUACCACAACAAGCAGUUUCAAUUGCUUUCUCAAGACCCAUGGAAUUUGUUGAGUAAAGAUAAUAAACUUGAUAAUGUAUUGUUACUGGAGUCAGUUAUAGAAGAAAACAAACAAUAUGUUGAAAAAUGUGAACGGUACUAUUUUUGUAAAGCUUGUAAAUGUUGCUUUUUGACAUUUGGGAAUGAUCAGGAAAUGAUGCAAUUAUUUGCAAUGCAUUGUUUAUGCAAAAACCAUAAGAAAAAGUUUAAAAGAUAUAUUGAGGAAAGGAACUGGGAAGAUAAGAAAUAUGAACAAGAAAAUAAUGAUACAGGAAACAAUGAGUCGUAUGAACACACUUCACCAGCAACACAGACAAAUAAUGAUAAAGAUUUCUUCAAAAGAUUUUAUAACCUUCCGGCGUACCAAUUAAACUCACUGUUUUUAGUUUUAGAGGGAAACUCAGUGCGUUGCAAACUUUGUAAAAUAUCCAUUUCCUGUUCGCAAAUAAAUCAAGUAAGAAAACACUGUUACUCAGAAUCUCACAGCAUGAUUUUAGUUCAAAGUGCAUCAAACUAUAUAGCAAGACAUGAAAAUAAACACUUUGUAAAUACUUCAGAUCCUCGCAAUAGUAAGUUUAUAAACGCUGUGAAGAAACUUUCAAUAUCAAACUACAGAAUCAAUGAUCACACUGUAACACCACAUUUGUUGUUCAUAGACAAUGAUGGCAAUAACUUUGUGUGCCUUAUCUGUAACACAAGAAUAGCAUUUUCUGUUGACUGUUCAUAUUUGCUGAAACAUUUUACCACUAAAGGACACAAACUCAAAAUAUUCAAUUUGUCCUUAGAUGUUGCUGAAAUAGGCUUAAAACUAAAUGAGCUUGAUAGUCAUGUUUCUAGUAACAAUUUUUGUGUUAAAGAAAAUGAUUUUUUUGGAAAACCAAAUGAAACUGAUAACAUUGAUGACGUGUCAAGAUUGUUUGAAAAGCUGCCAAGUGAACAUAGCAUUUACAAAGAUUUUAUAAAAAAAGAUGGCAGAAAUCUGACUUGUCUUCUCUGUGGUUGUUCAUUACUGUCCAGGCAAACAUUUGAAGAAGAUUUAAAACGCUUACAGGAUCAUUUUUCAAACAGUUUACAUAGAGAACAGUAUAAACUAUAUACAGCUGGACCCAUUUCUAAUGACAAGAGUGUGAAUCAAGAUCCGUGGGAAAAGUUUAAUGACUGUAGUAAUGUUGAAUUACUUGCAGAAAGAAGAUGCAUCCUAAAUAGUAAUUCACAGCAUCUUAAAAAGGAAAACUGCUAUUUCAUGUGCUGUAUAUGUGAUGAAUAUUUUGUGUUUUUUGAUGAGGAAGAUAUGAAAAAUACUUUUGCUAGUCAUUGUUUAACAACAGCACACUCAAGAAAACUAAAAAAGAAACAAAAUAAAUCAAAAAAGAAUAACUGUAUAAGAUUAAGUGAAAGCAAAACGCUGCAACUAAAUGCUCAGUCCAUUGCAAAUCACCCAGAAGAUUGUCACAUUAGCAAGGAUCUUGAACCAAUCUCUGGAAGUUGGACGUUAUGUUAUCUAAGAGAUCAGCACAUGAGGAUAUGGAAGAAAAAUCGUGUGGACAGUGUUUGA